AGUAAAUCUACACACACUGACGUACCAUGACCAACUUUUCCUACAUCUGCACCGUGUGGAUCAGCGUCUGUGUGUACCUCCUCUCUGCAGAACCUGAGAUCAGUGUAUCUGGCCCAGUGGGUUCUACAGCUGUCCUGCCGUGUCAACUGACGAGUGUAGACACUGACAGACUGUAUAUUACAUGGAACACUGAGUCUGAGAUUGUGUUUGAGCGAGUGGGUGUGGACUCGUAUCAGGAUGAGGGAUAUGAGGGUCGUGUGGACGUUCCUGUGGAGGAGCUGCGUAAGGGGAACUGUUCACUGGUGUUGUCUAAUCUAAUCCUCACUGAUACAGGAGUCUACACCAGCUACCAGACAGUGAGACACACCAAGAGAGGAACAGUCCUGAUCACCAGUGUUAAUCUCACAGUCUAUGGUGAUGCAGUAAUGAAGAGUCCUCACCCACUGGUCCUGGUCCUGUCCCUCAUCUCAUGUUUUCUCAUCCAGAAAUUCUGUGGAGAAACACAUGUGUGUUAUUGACGUAUGUACAGGACUGUGUGUUUCAGUCCCACACAGUGAACUACACACAGCAGCUGUGUACAGAACAAUCAGAACUGUCCAAUUAAUGAAUGUAUUAUUUAGCUUAAGUAACGUAUUUUACUUAAGCACACACACACCACACACACACACACCACCUCCUACAACUCCGAGCUUUACCGGGAGAAAAGAAACGAAAAGGAACCAACAGAGCUCCGCACUCACAGUGCUUUGCUAACUUGAUCUGAAAUGCUACCUGAGAUGGCAGUGUACAGCGCCUAUAAGUUAAUGUGAACUUUGUGUUGUAGUUGAGUGCUGAAUUCAUCAGGAUUACCACCAUUCCUUUGGUUUCCAGCUUGAUCAGUACUCCACUCAGCUGAUCAGAGUCUUCAAAAGGAAAGGGGGCAGGGCAGCAAAGAAUAUCAG